CAAACCCACCCACCUUCCAGUUCCUUGUUCUUGCCCGGCGCUCUCUAUUACUGGUACAGGACUAUAACCUCGCCCGACCUUUAUUUGGCCUUGCUGUCUUGGCCAGUUCCUUGUUCGAGAUAUAUUCCAUGAAUCCCACAACGGCAGUGUUUCUUUGGAUCACCUAAGAAACAAUUUUCUCAUCAUGGAUACAAAGGAGCUAUUAGAGAAGCCUUCAGGAAAGGAUGGGGCUUUCAGUCCUACGCGCCAACCUGGGAAUAUGCAUGCAGAGCAUGCCACCCAGCCAGAUGAUGAUAGUGAAAUUCAAGGGAAGUUUCACGGCCCCGUGAAACGAGAACUUACCGAAGACGACUGCUACGAGAAGCUGGGCUUCUGUUUCCCAUGGUACAAAAAAUGGACAAUCCUUACGGUCAUCUUCGUCGUGCAAAUGUCGAUGAACUUCAACAGCAGCACUUACUCCAACGCCGUCCCGCAACUCUCCGAACACUUUAAUAUCAGUGAACAGGCCGCCCGAGUAGGCCAAAUGAUCUUUUUAGUCACAUAUGCUUUUGGCUGUGAACUGUGGGCCCCAUGGAGUGAGGAGUAUGGCCGGUGGCCGAUAAUGCAGCUCAGUCUACUGUUCGUGAAUAUCUGGCAGAUACCGUGUGCUCUUGCUCCUAACUUCGCAACGAUGGUUGUCUGUCGUGGCCUUGGUGGUAUUAGCUCUGCAGGCGGCUCUGUGACUCUUGGGAUGACGGCUGACAUGUGGGAGCCGGAUGAUCAGGGCUUUGCUGUCGCUUAUGUGGUCUUGUCCUCUGUGGGAGGCACCACCAUUGGACCGAUAUUUGGCGGAAUGAUGCAGCAGUGGUUGAACUGGCGGUGGAACUUCUGGAUCCAGCUUAUCUUUGGCGGUGCUACUCAGCUCCUGCACUUUUUCCUUGUCUGUGAAACUCGAUCGACGAUUCUUCUUGACCGAGAGGCUAAACACCGACGACAAACCGGCGAGGAUCCUAAUGUGUAUGGACCGAACGAGCUGAAGCCCUCACGACUCAACAUCAAGGAGGUCCUACACGUUUGGCGCCGACCCUUCGAAAUGUUCCUCUGUGAACCUAUUGUGCUCUUUCUAUCUUUGCUCUCCGGUUUCUCCGAUGCGCUCAUCUUCACCUGCAUUGAGUCGUUCUCUUUAGUCUUCGCACAAUGGGGGUUCAAUGCCGUCCAAAUCGGUCUGUGCUUCGUUGCCAUUGUGAUCGGCUACUUGUUUGCCUACGGUAUUUUCCUACCCGACAUCUACCGUCAACGCCUGGUCCGACGCCGGGAGGGAAAUGCCUCUCGGUACGCUGAGCGACGCCUUCUACUUUUGCUCUUCAUUGCGCCUCUUGAAACGAUUGGACUGUUUGGAUUCGCCUGGACCUCUAUGGGCCCCGAGUACACCCACUGGAUCGUACCGUUAGUAUUUGUGUUCCUGAUAGCUAUUGCUAAUUACGGCAUCUACAUGGCUACCAUCGACUACAUGGUUGCCGCGUAUGGAGAAUACUCUGCGUCUGCGACGGGAGGCAACGGGUUUGCACGAGAUCUGCUCGCCGGACUCUCAGCCAUGUACGCAACACCCAUGUACACCAAUAUCGGUGGCCGAUUCCAUCUACAAUGGGCGAGCACCAUUCUUGGCUGCUUGUCCGUCCUGGUUACAGUCCCCAUUUACAUUUUCUAUUGGAAGGGACCUGAGAUCCGGGCCCGAAGCAAGUUCGCCCAGACUUUAGAAGCGGACCGGCAACGGCACGCAGCCGUCCGUCGGUCCAGUCAGGUCACCAUCUCGCGCAAGACAUCCAUGGCCUAAGCGCCUGGCUUGCGGUAAAGGCAUAUGAGGGUGCAGUUUGUCGGAGUUUCCUUUUUUGGCUGGUCCGAAUGACGCCAUGAUUGACGUUUAAGAUCCGCGUGUAUGCAUAGAUACCCGUUUUGCUUUUUUUUUUUUCCGCUCGAUGUGCUGUCCUACCAGGGCGUCGGGCCACGUGUACUUCAAUGUAUGUGGAAUAAAAC